UCGUUUACGUUCUUAAGUUGGUGAAAGUGUAGAACAAAUAAAUAAAACUGUAGAUUUUCAAAGGCUGUGACAGCUAAAAGAAGGCGUUCACCCCUUUGAUUCAUUCGUUUUCACGAUAUUUUCACCUAAUCUUUGCACCACAAAAUGAUUCGCUUCAUUCUCAUACAAAAUAGAGCAGGAAAGACCCGUUUGGCAAAGUGGUACAUGAACUUUGAUGAUGAUGAAAAGCAGAAGCUUAUAGAGGAGGUGCAUGCCGUUGUGACUGUGAGGGAUGCGAAGCACACUAAUUUUGUUGAGUUCCGCAAUUUCAAAAUAGUCUAUAGGAGAUAUGCUGGUCUUUAUUUUUGCAUCUGUGUGGAUGUUAAUGAUAACAACCUUUGCUAUCUUGAAGCAAUCCAUAACUUUGUGGAAGUUUUGAAUGAAUAUUUCCACAACGUCUGCGAGCUGGAUCUUGUGUUCAACUUUUAUAAAUUUGUAUUGUCUCAUCCUAAGUUGUUUAAAUGUUAAUUUUUAGCUUCACUCCUAAUUUUUGCUGGUCUUAUGUACCUUGAGCAUCAAUAAGAUUGUUUUCUAAAUUCUCAAAAUUUUAGUAGGUAUUCUUUUAAGUCCAAAUAUUGUUUAAAAAAGGUAUGUCCCAGUCCGUUGAGCUGUAUAAAUAUGCUAAAUAAUAUGUUAAAGUUUGAUUGGACAUCAUAAAUUGAGCAGAUGUUUUAAAUGUUAAGGUUGUAGAGCACAUUCAUUCCAUUUUACUUGUAGCUUAUAAGUAAUCACAAUGAAAUUUAUCUGUAGGCAGGCAGGACCAAUUUUUAAUUUGUUUCAAAAAUGUUAUUGCUUGCCAUAUACUCAGCUUUAUGCCUCUUUUUCCUGAACUGUGUAGCACAAUAUUUUUAAUGCUAAAAUAUCUACAUCUGUUCAACCUGUGCUGCCAAAUGGUGUUUCUUGCUCUGUAUAUUCCUAUAGCAGGAAAGCAAGAGAUUUCCCUGUUGGCCAUUUGUUAUAACUUACUCGUUGAUUGUAAAUAUUAAAAGUGCGUAUAGCGGUUGACCUAA